AUUGGUGAAUUUACCUGAGAAAUUGAGACUCAAGAUUAUGAGAACGUGUGACUAGGACCGAAAGCAGAUUUUCAGGUGGAGUCUUUGCAGUUUUUAAAAGAUGGUGGUAAUCAGAUCUACUUGAAAAUUAAGUGAAUUGAUUUGAUUGGAACACUUGUUUACCAAUUGUUUGACAUUUGGCCACUAGGAAGCGUCAAGACAAUCAUGCCCAUGAAAACUCUAAACCAUUCAGGCCAUUUUAUCUUAGAGAAACUGGCAACUGAACUUUGCUGUAGUUGAUGGGCAAAAUUUCUUCCAGACUAUUCAUCAUCCUAAUUUCAUCCUAGUUGAAAACAUUCAGAUGCCAUAAGAAAUCUUUGUAGAUUUGCACUUAGGUUUUGGAUGGACGUUUCUAUGAUGGAGAGAACUGUGUUAUAGCCUGGUAAAAGGACAUACCAAUCUAAUGCCUAUUGACUACGGUGUGGGUGUGGGAGGUUCCAAAGAGAAGGGGCAGUCAGCCAGCUUGCAGACACUCUGGAACAUGGGAGCGCCCAAGCUUUAAAAAGCACAGCAUUGAGACACUCCAUGAGUCUGCACGGCUUUCAGGCGAAGUAGCACUUAAGACCUUGCGCAACAAAAUGGACACUGGGGACACAGCUCUAGGACAAAAAGCUACCUCAAGGUCUGGAGAAACUGAUAAAGCAUCAGGUAGAUGGAGACAGGAACAAUCGGCUAUUAUUAAGAUGAGCACUUUUGGCAGUCAAGAAGGACAGCGGCAACCACAAAUUGAUUCUGAGCAGAUUGGAAACACGGCAUCAGCACAGCUGUUUGGUUCUGGGAAGCUGGCCUCACCCAGCGAAGCAGUGCAGCAAGUCACAGAGAAGCAAUACCCACCGCACCGUCCGAGUCCAUAUUCAUGCCAACAUUCACUCUCUUUCCCUCAGCACUCAUUGCCACAGGGGGUCAUGCACAGCAACAAGCCACACCAGAGCCUAGAAGGCCCUCCUUGGCUUUUCCCUGGCCCUUUGCCAUCGGUCGCCUCCGAGGACUUAUUUCCUUUUCCUAUACAUGGCCACAGUGGUGGUUUUCCUAGAAAAAAGAUUUCAAGUCUGAACCCUGCUUAUAGCCAAUACUCCCAGAAAAGUCUCGAACAGGCAGAAGAUGCUCACAAGAAAGAGCACAAACCCAAAAAGCCCGGCAAGUACAUUUGCCCUUACUGCAGCAGAGCAUGUGCCAAACCAAGUGUUCUGAAAAAACACAUCAGGUCCCACACUGGUGAGCGGCCAUAUCCAUGUAUACCUUGUGGUUUCUCUUUCAAGACAAAGAGCAAUUUGUACAAGCACAGGAAGUCACAUGCCCAUGCAAUUAAGGCAGGAUUAGUACCUUUCACAGAGUCGGCUGUAUCUAAAUUGGACUUGGAAGCUGGUUUUAUUGAUGUAGAAGCAGAAAUACAUUCGGAUGGUGAACAGAGUACAGACACGGAUGAGGAGAGCUCUUUGUUUGCUGAGACUUCUGACAAAAUGAGCCCCGGCCCACCCAUCCCAUUGGAUAUUGCUAGCAGAGGUAGCUACCACGGGUCCCUAGAAGAAUCACUGGGAGGUCCAAUGAAGGUGCCGAUUUUGAUUAUCCCCAAAAGUGGAAUUCCACUACCUAACGAAAGCUCUCAGUAUAUUGGCUCUGAUAUGCUACCAAACCCAUCUUUAAAUACUAAGGCUGAUGACUCUCACACAGUUAAACAGAAACUUGCACUAAGACUGUCAGAGAAAAAAGGACAAGAUUCUGAGCCAUCUCUCAACCUUCUGAGCCCGCACAGUAAAGGAAGCACUGAUUCAGGUUACUUUUCUCGCUCAGAAAGUGCAGAGCAGCAAAUAAGCCCUCCCAAUACCAAUGCAAAAUCUUAUGAAGAAAUCAUCUUUGGAAAAUACUGUCGGCUUAGUCCGAGAAAUGCACUCAGUGUUACACCCACAGGUCAGGAGCGGGCCACCAUGGGACGGAAGGGCAUCAUGGAACCAUUACCUCAUGUAAACACCAGGUUGGAAGUCAAGAUGUUUGAAGACCCAGUCUCGCAGCUGAUCCCCAGCAAGGGGGAAGUGGAACCGGGUCAAACAAGCCUGCUGAAGUCCACUAAAUUCAACAGCGAGUCCAGGCUACCCCACACGAUUCCGUCGUCAGUCAGGAACGAAGGAAAACUUUAUCCUGCUAGUUUCCCAGUCAGCAACCCAGUUCUCUUAGAAGCUCCUGUAGACUCUUCCCCGCUUAUUAGAAGCAACUCGAUGCCAACUUCUUCAGCAACUAAUUUAAGUAUUCCUCCUUCUUUGAGAGGAAGCCAUUCAUUUGAUGAAAGGAUGACAGGGUCCGAUGACGUGUUCUACCCGGGCACUGUCGGGAUACCCCCUCAGCGCAUGCUAAGAAGACAAGCGGCAUUCGAGCUGCCAUCUGUCCAGGAAGGGCACAUGGAGGCCGAGCACCCUGGCAGGAUGUCCAAGAGUCUCACCAGCUCAUCCCUCAAGGAAAAGAAACUGGUUCCUGGGGACAGGGUUGGGUAUGACUAUGAUGUCUGCCGGAAACCCUAUAAGAAGUGGGAAGACUCGGAAACACCAAAGCAAAGCUACAGGGACAUUUCCUGCUUCAGUUCUUUAAAACAUGGAGAAUAUUUUAUGGAUCCCUCGGUGCCAGUGCAGGGAGUGCCAACCAUGUUUGGAACCACAUGUGAAAACAGAAAACGCAGGAAAGAGAAGAGUGUGGGGGACGAGGAGGACACCCCCAUGAUUUGCAGCAGCGUCGUAAGUACUCCCAUGAACAUCAUGGCUUCAGAUUAUGACCCCAAACUGCAGAUGCUGGAAGGAGUAAGGAGUGGAUUUCCCGUGGCUGGACUCGAGAAUCCUUCACACGGUCACCCUGAGCGUUUUGACCCCGGUCGACCCCAACUGCACUCUGGAAGUCCAUCCCUGGGAUCCGAGGAGUCACUUUCAGCCACUGAUCCUGACAAGAUGUCAGACCCAGGGGGCAGGAAACCGCCUGGAAAUGUGAUUUCCGUGAUUCAGCACACCAACUCACUGAGCCGGCCCAGCUCCUUUGAAAGGUCCGAGUCAGCUGAACUUGGGACUUGUACCCAGGAUAAAGCCCCGUCCCCAUCCGAGACGUGUGACAGUGAGGUUCCAGAAGCCCCUGUGAGCCCGGAGUGGGCUCCCUCAGGGUACAGUGUAGAAAGUGGGGGGAAGCCGGCCCCGGCCCCGCAGGCCCAGCAGCCGUCCUAUCACGCGCAGCCCAGGUUGGUUCGCCAGCACAACAUCCAGGUCCCUGAGAUUCGAGUCACCGAGGAGCCUGAUAAGCCAGAGAAGGAGAAAGAAGCCCAGAGUAAAGAGCCUGAAAAGCCAGUAGAGGAAUUCCAGUGGCCCCAGAGGAGUGAGACCCUUUCCCAGCUCCCUGCAGAGAAGUUGCCACAAAAGAAGCGCUUGCGACUCGCAGACAUGGAGCACUCCUCAGGGGAGUCCAGCUUUGAGUCCACGGGCACCGGCCUCUCUCGCAGCCCCAGUCAAGAGAGCAACCUGUCCCACAGCUCCAGUUUCUCCAUGUCCUUCGAAAGAGAGGAAAGCGUUAAGUUUACUGCCCCUCCUAAGCAGGAUGAGUUUGGGAAGCAUUCCGAGUUUUUGACCGUCCCUGCUGGUUCUUACUCAUUGUCUGUUCCGGGCCAUCACCACCAAAAAGAGAUGCGACGCUGCUCCUCAGAACAGAUGCCCUGUCCUCACCCAGCGGAAGUCCCAGAGGUUCGGAGUAAAUCAUUUGAUUAUGGGAAUCUGUCCCAUGCCCCUGUGGUGGGAACAUCAGCCUCAACGUUAUCACCCUCCCGGGAGAGAAAGAAAUGCUUUUUGGUGCGGCAGGCUUCCUUCAGUGGCUCCCCAGAAAUCGCCCAGGGAGAAGCCGGUGUGGACCCAGGCGUCAAACAGGAGCAGAUGGAGCAGCUGCACGCUGGCCUCAGGGCCGCAUGGCAUCACGUGCCGUCCUCUGUGCUUCCGCCUCUUCCGCCAGAUGACCCAGGAAAGCAGCUGGUGGGUCCUUGUGCCCAGCUGAGCUCAGGACCGCUCCACCUGGCCCAACCACAGAUCAUGCACAUGGACAGUCAGGAAUCUUUGAGAAACCCCUUGAUUCAACCCACAUCCUACAUGACAAGCAAGCACUUACCUGAACAGCCACACUUAUUUCCACACCAAGAGACGAUUCCAUUUUCUCCGAUCCAGAAUGCCUUGUUUCAGUUUCAGUACCCCACUGUCUGUAUGGUUCAUUUACCAGCUCAGCAACCUCCCUGGUGGCAGGCACAUUUCCCCCAUCCCUUUGCUCCCCAUCCUCAGAAGAGCUACGGCAAACCUUCUUUCCAGGCAGAAAUUCAUUCUAACUAUCCCGUAGAGCACGUUGCAGAACACACUGGGAAGAAGUCUACUGAUUAUGCACACACAAGAGAGCAAACUCACCCGUGUUAUUCAGGAACAUCAGGGCUACACUCAAAGAACCUGCCUCCAAAGUUUCCUUUGGACCCAAGCAGUAAGUCAACCGAAACUCCCUCCGAGCAGGUUCUUCAAGAAGAUUUCGUCUCAGCUAAUUCUGGUCCUUUGCAAUCCCUACCGGGCACAGUGGUUCCUGUUCGGAUCCAGACACAUGUUCCAUCCUAUGGAAGUGUCAUGUACACAAGCAUUUCUCAGAUCCUUGGGCAGAACAGCCCUGCGAUUGUCAUAUGCAAAGUUGACGAGAAUAUGACCCAAAGGACACUGGUAACCAACGCAGCCAUGCAAGGGAUAGGGUUCAAUAUCGCCCAGGUGCUCGGGCAGCAUGUGGACUUGGAAAAAUACCCACUUUGGAAAGUACCUCAGACCUUACCCCUUGGCUUAGAAUCUUCUAUCCCCUUAUGUUUACCUUCCACCUCAGACAGUGCCUCCUCUCUUGGAGGCAGCAAGCGGAUGCUCUCUCCUGCCAGCAGCUUGGAGCUCUUCAUGGAAACAAAGCAGCAGAAACGGGUCAAAGAAGAAAAGAUGUAUGGGCAGAUUGUGGAGGAGCUCAGUGCUGUGGAGCUGACCAACUCAGAUAUCAAGAAGGACCUCUCCCGCCCCCAGAAACCCCAGCUGGUUCGGCAAGGGUGUGCUUCUGAGCCAAAGGACGGCUCCCAGUCGAGGUCAUCGUCCUUCUCCUCUCUGUCGCCCUCCUCAUCUCAAGACCAUCCAGCUGCUGGCGGGCCCUCAAGGGAGCCAUUCCCGCCCAGCAGGGAGAUGCUCUCUGGUUCCAGGGUCCCCGCUCCCAGGCAGAAGUCCAGUGGGCCUUCAGAAAGCAGAGAGUCUUCAGAUGAGUUGGACAUUGAUGAGACAGCAUCGGACAUGAGCAUGAGUCCUCAGAGUUCUUCACUGCCAACCGGAGACAGUCAGCAGGAAGAGGAAGGGAAAGGCCAGAAGCUGCCUGUUGGCAUGCUGGUCCACAUGGGCUCUGGCCCCAGUGGGAAUGUGGCAAACUCGACUCUUCUUUUCACUGAUGUGGCAGAUUUCCAGCAGAUUCUUCAGUUCCCCAGUCUGCGGACAACUACUACCGUGAGUUGGUGCUUCUUGAAUUAUACAAAACCCAAUUUUGUGCAACAGGCCACCUUCAAAUCCUCGGUUUAUGCUUCAUGGUGCAUUAGUUCCUGCAACCCAAAUCCAUCAGGUUUGAACACCAAGACCACGCUGGCUCUUCUGAGGUCCAAGCAAAAAAUCACCGCAGAAAUUUAUACUCUGGCUGCUAUGCACAGGCCUGGAACCGGCAAGCUGACAUCAUCCAGUGCUUGGAAACAGUUUGCACAGAUGAAACCUGAUGCAACCUUUUUAUUUGGUAGCAAACUAGAAAGGAAACUCGUGGGAAAUAUAUUAAAAGAAAGAGGGAAAGGAGAGCUUCAUGGAGAUAAAGAUGUUGGAUCCAAGCAAACUGAGCCAAUCCGAAUUAAAAUCUUUGAAGGAGGGUAUAAGUCAAAUGAAGAUUAUGUAUAUGUCAGAGGACGUGGACGUGGAAAGUAUAUCUGUGAGGAAUGUGGGAUUCGCUGUAAGAAGCCAAGCAUGCUCAAAAAACACAUCCGCACUCAUACUGAUGUUCGGCCUUAUGUAUGCAAGUUAUGUAACUUCGCCUUCAAAACGAAAGGUAACCUAACAAAACAUAUGAAAUCUAAAGCACACAUGAAAAAAUGCCUGGAGUUGGGAGUCUCAAUGACAUCAGUGGAUGAUACAGAAACUGAAGAAGCAGAAAAUAUGGAAGAUUUGCACAAAACAGCUGAGAAGCAUAGCAUGUCCAGCAUUUCAACCGAUCACCAGUUCUCAGAUGCCGAGGAAUCGGAUGGUGAGGAUGGAGAUGAUAAUGAUGACGAUGAUGAAGAUGAUGAUGACUUCGAUGACCAGGGAGAUUUGACACCAAAAACAAGAUCAAGAAGCACCAGUCCUCAGCCUCCUCGAUUCUCCUCCUUGCCUGUGAAUGUGGGCGCAGCGCCCCACGGGGUGCCUUCGGAUAGCUCCCUGGGGCAUUCUUCACUGAUCAGCUAUUUGGUUACUUUGCCCAGUAUUCAGGUGACUCAGCUCAUGACCCCCAGUGACUCCUGUGAAGAUACCCAGAUGACAGAAUAUCAGAGGCUAUUCCAGAGCAAAAGUACAGACUCGGAAGCAGACAAGGACAGGCUAGACAUCCCGAGUUCUAUGGACGAGGAGUGCGUGCUGUCUUCAGAGCCGAGUUCCUCCCCAAGGGACUUCUCCCCUUCCAGUCGCCAUUCCUCACCAGGCUAUGAUUCUUCCCCCUGUCGAGAUAACUCACCAAAGAGGUAUCUGAUACCCAAAGGAGAUUUAUCACCCAGAAGACAUUUAUCACCCAGGAGAGACCUGUCACCCAUGAGACAUCUGUCACCAAGAAAGGAAGCCGCAUUGAGGAGAGAGAUGUCCCAAAGAGAUGUUUCACCAAGAAGGCAUCUGUCCCCCAGGAGGCCACUCUCUCCUGGGAAAGACAUCACAGCAAGAAGAGACCUGUCUCCCAGAAGAGAGAGAAGAUACAUGACCACCAUAAGAGCACCAUCUCCCAGAAGGGCUUUAUACCAUAACCCGCCAUUAUCCAUGGGGCAGUAUUUGCAAGCAGAGCCAAUUGUAUUGGGGCCUCCUAACUUGAGAAGAGGAUUACCUCAGGUUCCUUACUUCAGUCUCUAUGGAGACCAAGAAGGUGCUUAUGAACAUCAAGGCUCCAGCCUUUUCCCUGAGGGUCCUACUGACUAUGUCUUCAGUCAUCUUCCACUCCACUCUCAGCAGCAAGUGCGAGCUCCUAUCCCCAUGGUGCCAGUUGGUGGGAUCCAAAUGGUCCACUCCAUGCCGCCGGCCCUUUCCGGUUUACAUCCUCCACCCACAUUGCCUCUGCCAAUGGAGGGCCCUGGGGAGAAGAAAGGGGCGCCCGGGGAGCCCUUCCCCAAGGAUCCCUAUGCUCUCUCCAGGCAGCAGGAGAAGCGAGCGCCUCACAUUUUGCAGUCAUCUGGUCUACCGAGCACUCCCUCCUCUCCUCGGCUACUGAUGAAACAAAGCACUUCGGAAGACAGCCUAAAUGCAACAGAGAGGGAACAGGAGGAAAACAUACAGACUUGUACAAAAGCCAUUGCCUCUCUCCGGAUUGCCACCGAAGAGGCUGCUCUGCUUGGGGCUGAUCAGCCAGUCCGGGUGCAGGAGCCCCUCCAGAAACCCUUGGAAAGUGCACACGUUGGCAUUAGACACUUUAGCGGGCCUGAGCCAGGUCAGCCCUGUACCUCAGCCGCCCACCCAGACUUGCAUGAUGGUGAAAAGGACAGUUUUGGUACUUCACAGACUUCAUUGGCUCACUCCACGUUUCACAGCCAGAGUCCUGUGGAUGAGAAACAGGUGGACUUUCAGAGCAGCAAGGAGUUCUCUUCAAGCACAGACGAAGGCCACGAGCCCUCAUCAGGGAAGAGUCAGCUACAUUGAUCUAAGAUGCAUGGAGACUUUCAUUUCCACAUUGGCCCCCUUUUUUGUUUUUGUUUUGUUUUUCUAGAAAUAGAGAUAAUCGAGUUUAUAGCAUGCCUGUCCUAAGUUACAGUAGUUUGCUAUUAUAUAUACUUUUGUUAUUUCAAAAGAAUUAGGUAAAUUACCAAGUCAUCAUGAGCCUGACCAAAACAAAAUUUGAAAUUAACCUAUUGGGUCUGGUACUUUUAAAAUUGUACAGAUGUUUGUGCCUUUUCUUUACUUUGCUUAUAUUCUUAUAAGCAUUUUUUAGCAGUAAUUUGUACAUAUUUUAGAAUUUGUGUAUCUGCUUUGUAAUAAAUGUAAUUUCUUUCCUUUUUUGGACACUUGGAUCUAAAUGAUGUAAAGCAAAACAGCAUCAAUAUAUAUGUGAGGUUGCACUAAAACAUAUUUUUAUAUGAUAAAAACUGAACAGCUUUUAUGUACAGCUCUGAUUCUGUAAUACUAAUAUUUAUUUACUUUGUUUCAUAAAUUGUACAUUUUUUCUUAAAUGUUGUGGAUUGCUUUUCUAUGUGAAGCAUGGGAUUUACUGUUGCGUAACUAGAACAACAAUGUACAUUGUAAACAAGAUAUUUAAACUAGAGUAUCUUAUUCUGCACUUAUGCAUUAGUUACAAAAAAAGAUAAAGGAUGUAUCAGUCAGUUCUUAACUCUUGUAAAUUUUUUUGUCUCUUGUUUGCCGGAUUGACUAUAACUUAAGUGCUGAUUGUGAUUUUAAACUGAUAGUACCGUAAAGCAUUAAAGUAAACAAUGUGCUAUUGUGAGUUUUUUCAAAGCUUUAUAAAACAGUUAUAAAUAAUAUUAAAAGUAUUUGGUCUUAUGUGAACAUGUUGAUCUAUAUACUCAUCUAAAAAUAUGGGAAAACAUUCCGCCCCAUGUAAAUAUGUACAAGUGCAUCACUGGUACAAUUUUAUGUAACUCAGCUGGACACUAGGUUGCCACAGACCUAUGCUAGGGUGUCUUUAAAAAUUAAAGUGACAAAGCACAUGGGACUGUAGAGCUUGGUUAUCGGCCGGCCCGGUGGCUUGGCAGGCAGUGCUGUGCACUGCCCUUGGAGGAGACCUGGGCUUAGAGAUCUCCCUGGUCCUGGCUGCACAGGAUGGUGACUGAACUAAGACUACGCAGAGGGCCUGCGCUUGGACGCCGAGGGUUGUAUGUGGAAGCCGGGAAGGGCGUGGAGACCUCUCCCCAUCUCUCCCGGUCAGACUGACCACAAGGUAACAGGGUUAACAUCUAUCUGCAUUAGGGGAAGUCACCUUCCCCUUUGUGUAGGGGAAGAGUGUCACACUCCUGGCUAUCUCAGGGGGAAUGUUGAAAAUAAGAUUUCAAGGAAAAAUAACCUGCGGGAGGAUGAUGUCUGUUGUAUAGAACAUUCAGAAUGGCUUUGGAAUAGUGCUGAAGAUGGGAAGAGCCUUCGUAGGUCCCAAAGAGCAGAGCAGGGGGAGGGGUACAGCAACGUGCACACACACGCACACGUGUGUGCACACACACACAAUCUGGGUUACCUUUGUGCUACAUAGUGGAUUAUAAUUCUGUGAAACCAAGUUUGUAUAUUGAAUUACAUUAAGGAGUGUUCUUUAAAAAGAGAAAUAAAUGUACAAUUACA